AAAUCAUCACAGCGACCUACUCUAAAGCAAUGGCCGUUGCUCCACUAUUCCUCCUCCACGUCAUCACACUACUCUCUCUCCCUUCUCUUCCCAUUUCCGCCGCUAACUCCGAUGCAUAUCCUUCCAUUCCCGGCACUGCUCCUAUCGACGGAGGUUUUCUCGAUGAGCUCAAGCCUAUCCGCCGCGAAGUCUACGGGGAAGGCAAAAUCUACGACAUCAGUCACCGUUACACUCCGGAGAUGCCGUCGUGGGACUCGUCGGAAGGACUCGGAAGGUUUCUAUGGUUAGCUGCGAGUAUGAAGAACGGAUCUCGCGCUAACAACUCUGAGAUGAAGAUCCCCACGCACACUGGUACUCACGUUGAUUCCCCUGGACACGUGUACGACGACUAUUACGAUGCUGGUUUCGAUGUUGACUCGCUUGAUCUUCGAGUUCUCAAUGGUCUUGCCUUGUUGGUUGAUGUUCCAAAGGAUAAGAACAUAACUGCCGAAGUGAUGAAAUCUCUUCACAUUCCAAAAGGAGUUAGUCGUGUACUUUUCAGAACACUGAACACUGACAGGCGUCUUAUGUUCAAGAAAGAGUUUGAUACAAGCUAUGUCGGAUUCAUGAAAGAUGGAGCGCAAUGGUUGGUAGACAACACAGAUAUCAAGCUUGUCGGUAUUGAUUAUUUAUCAGUAGCUGCAUAUGAUGAUCUGAUUCCGUCUCACCUAGUAUUCCUCAAAGACCGGGAGACUAUCCUUGUGGAGGGAUUGAAGCUGGAUGGUGUGAAGGCAGGAGUCUACACUGUCCAUUGUUUACCACUAAGACUGGUUGGAGCAGAAGGGGCUCCAAUUCGUUGCAUCCUCAUCGAUUGAUUAUCUCCUCACAAACCAGCCAAAUCUGAAGUUGUCUGUAAUCAAGCUUGCUUAGCGUUAUGAACUGAACAUCAGUUUUAGCAAGAUUUUAUGCAACCAAUGUGGAGAUUGAAGUAGGAAGCAAUAAGAGAGGUGCAGAGAAGACGAAGUUGAGGAGAAAGAACCACUUAAGAAGGAAGAUUUCUAUGUAUAAUAACGGUUUGUACUUAAGAUCUUAGGCUUAACAAUAAAUCAAUGAAAUAUACUUUUAAUC